CAACCGGUUGUGAUCCUUUUCUGUCUCCUCCUGAUGCCUGAGCCUUUAUCUUGACAGUAAGCUCAGGGAAGACCAGUUGACUGCAUUGUUUUCUCCGAGCAGGGAAGCGAGGAUUGCAUUGCAUGAGACGUUUGUGAGGCAAAAGCAGCACUCAAUCUUGGGAGGCUUCACCAGGGAUUCCUGAGCAAACAGUGCAGUGUGUCCACUUUAAUACACUUGGGAGCUUUCAAGCUUUUAUAUACCAAAAAAGAAGAGAAAGAGAAGAAGCAGGACUUCACCUUCUUGGAUUCUCUCUGAAGCCCCUCUUCUUCUCUCUGAAUUUAAUCCCUUCUUCUCCUCUUUCUCAGAAGCCCCCUCCAUGGCUACUCCCACUGCAAGAGCCCUUCUCUUGCUCUCCUCUCUCCUGCUUUCCCUCACCCCUCCUUCCACUGCCUCUCUAAGGAAACAAGCUUCCGUCCUGAUCUCCAUCAAGCGGUCCUUCCACAGCUCAGAGUCUUUUCUCCCCAGCUGGAACCCGUCCAACCAUGCAUCGCUUUGCGCAUGGGAUGGCGUCCGCUGCGACGCGGCCAUGCAUGUGGUCCUCGCGCUCGAUUUGUCCAACUUGAACAUCUCCGGCUCCCUCUCCCCGGUGAUCGGAGAGCUGAAAGGCCUUACUUACCUCUCGGUCGCCGGAAACAGCCUCUCCGGUCUGUUCCCGUCCAGUGUCGGGAAGCUCGCGGGCCUCAGGCAUCUCAACGUCUCCAACAACCAGUUCAACGGCACCUUGAGUUGGAGCUUCUCGUACAUGGCGGAACUGGAAGUCUUGGACGCGUACAACAAUGACUUCUUCGGGGCUCUUCCUGUCGGCCUCUCCAAGCUCCCGAAGCUCCGGCAUUUAGACCUCGGAGGGAACUACUUCUCCGGCACGAUCCCCGCGGCCUAUGGAGGUUUCAGGGCUUUGAGCUACCUCUCAGUUGCAGGGAAUGAUCUUGGCGGCUUCAUACCUCCCGAGUUGGGUAAUGUCACCACGCUGAAGCAGCUCUACUUGGGCUACUACAAUGAGUUCGAUGGCGGAAUUCCGGCCGAACUCGGGAGCUUGAUCGAUCUCGUCCAUCUCGACCUCUCGAGCUGUGGGUUGGAGGGGGAGAUCCCACCGGAACUGGGAAAUCUCAAGAAGCUGGACACGCUCUUCCUGCAGACGAAUCAGCUCACCGGCACCAUCCCUCCCCACCUCGGCAACUUGAGCAGCUUGCGGUACCUCGACAUCUCCAACAACGCACUCACCGGCGAGAUCCCGAAGGAGUUCGCGGAGCUGCAUCAGCUCAGCUUGCUGCACAUGUUCAUGAACCGGUUUCAUGGCGAGAUUCCAAGGUUCGUCGCCGAGCUGCCAAAUCUGGAGGUCCUCAAGCUGUGGCAGAACAACUUCACCGGUGCGAUCCCGGCCGAGCUAGGGCGAAAUGGCAGGCUCCGAGAGGUCGAUCUCUCCACCAACAAGCUCACUGGAUCGGUCCCGAGAUUCCUCUGCUAUGGCAGGAAGCUAGAGAUACUGAUCCUGCUCAAAAAUUUCCUCUUCGGUUCACUGCCGGAUGAUCUCGGAGAUUGCACGACGCUCUUGAGGGUCCGCAUGGGGCAGAACUACUUGACUGGGUCUCUUCCAAAGGGUUUCCUCUACCUACCGGAGCUGUCUCUGCUGGAGUUGCAGAACAAUUACCUCACCGGAGCCAUGGCGGAAGAGACCGCCAAGAAGCCUGCGAAGCUCGUCCAAUUGAAUCUCUCCAACAACCGCCUCUCCGGGCCCCUUCCGUCCUCUAUCGGGAACUUCUCGUCGCUGCAGAUGCUUCUUCUCAGCGGCAACCAGUUCACCGGGGAGCUGCCGUCUCAGCUGGGUGUUCUUAAGCAUGUUCUCAAGAUAGACGUGAGCAGGAACAACUUCUCCGGUGGAAUUCCCCCUGAGAUUGGUGAUUGCAUCUCGGUCACGUACUUGGACCUCAGCCAGAACGAGCUCAUCGGACCGAUACCAGCUCGACUAUCUCAAGCUCGAGUGCUGAGCUAUCUAAACCUGUCAUGGAAUCACCUGAGUGAGAGCAUCCCGCAAGAUAUCGGAAGCAUGAAGAGCCUCACUUCUGCAGACUUCUCGCAUAAUGACUUCUCCGGCAGGAUACCGGAAACCGGCCAGUUCGCCUACUUCAAUGCUUCGUCCUUCCUCGCCAACCCCCGGCUCUGUCGAUCAGCUUCAGAUCCAUGCAGCUCAUCAUCCAAAGACCAGCAUCACGGAGUCAAAUCCCAGCUCCCUGGAAAGCUCAAGCUCCUCUUCGCGCUGGGUCUGUUAACAUGCUCCUUAGUCUUCGCAAUCACGGUGGCCAUCAAGACUCAGUCGAUGAUGAAGAGGAACUCCAGGUCAUGGAAGCUGACAGCAUUCCAGAAGCUGGAAUUCACGAGCGAAAACAUCGUCGAGUGCCUCAAAGAGAACUGCGUCAUCGGCAGAGGAGGAGCAGGGAUCGUGUACAGAGGAACGACGCCCAACGGUGAGCAGGUUGCGGUGAAGAGAUUGCUGGGGAUCGGCAAGGGUUCCACGCACGACAACGGAUUGUCUGCAGAGGUGCAGACUCUGGGCAAGAUCAGGCACCGGAACAUCGUGCGCUUGCUCGCCUUCUGCUCGAACAAGGAGACGAACCUACUGGUGUACGAGUACAUGCACAAUGGGAGCUUGGGAGAAGCACUCCACGGGAAGAGAGGUGGGUAUCUGAAUUGGCCAAUGAGACUUCGGAUCGCAACGGAGGCAGCCAGGGGACUGAGCUACCUGCACCACGACUGCUGCCCUCCGAUUCUCCACAGAGAUGUCAAGUCCAACAACAUCUUGCUGGAUUUAGAUUUCGAAGCUCAUGUUGCAGAUUUCGGCCUGGCCAAGUACUUGAGGGACACAGGCGCCUCCGAAUGCAUGUCAGCCAUUGCUGGUUCUUACGGCUACAUUGCGCCAGAGUAUGCAUACACGUUGAAGGUGGAUGAGAAGAGUGAUGUCUACAGCUACGGGGUUGUCCUCUUGGAGCUCAUCACCGGCAAGAGGCCAGUGGGGGACUUGGGAGAGGAAGGACUGGAUAUAGUGCAGUGGGCGAGGAUGAACACCAACUGGCACAAAGAAGGGGUGGUCAACAUCAUGGACCGCAGGCUGAUCGAUGUCCCCAUGGAGGAGGCGAUGCAGGUAUUCUUCGUCGCCAUGCUCUGCGUCCAAGAGCACAGUGUGGAGAGGCCCAAGAUGAGGGAGGUCGUCCAAAUGCUCGAACAGACAAAGCAGUCACACUAUGCUCGGGCACACUGACUUGCCUUGGGCUUCUGUUGACUUGACACUAGUCAUGUUCGUGGCUUCUGGUCAAGAUUGGAGUAGAUUUGUGUGCAUAAUCAUUUACUUUUGUAACACCCCUAAGGAGACAAUUUUCUUUGAGCUCAUUUUUAGUGACGGGACGAAGCAUUUUGCAGCCAAAUGACACUACAGUAU